UCAGACCCGUGUGAGAUGUGGAUGUCGCUCCUCGCUCCCCGUGUUUCCGCUCGCAGCCUCCACACAUGUGUUCCUCCUCCCGGUCGCUCCUCGUCCUGCGGGGACAGAAUGUGGCGCCGCUCGAAAGCUGCGGAGCAACGACGCGUUUCCUCCGAACUUCUUCCCUGAAAACUCGCGAUUUCUUCCGCGUCAGUUCUUGACUUCGGACGCAAAACUACCGCGGCUGGAUUAACGCUCUCGUUCGGAAUAGCUGGUUUCCCCCCCCUCAUGUUAGAGACAGAGUGUCAGACUGCAGCUCACGUCCCCAUGCCCUGCCCUGCGAGUGCUGCUCGGCCUGCUGAGCCCAGAGGUGCGUCAGGUGUGUCUGUCCUGGACUACAGCGACUGAGCUGUUGAGGAGGAGGAGGCGGGUCGUCAGAGGGCCCAGAGCCCCCGAAGCAGGCGGAGGGGCCUGUCCUGUCCCAGCCACUCGAAGAUGAACAGACUGAGCUUCCACAACAACAAAACCAUGCAGGACCGCCGCUGUGUCUGUGUCUUUCUGCCCAAUGAUGACACACUCAACGUCAUAGUCAAUGUGAAGACUUUGUGCCAGGAACUGUUGGUGCAGGUGUGCGACCUCCUGAGACUGAAGGACUGUCAUCUGUUUGGUCUCAGCGUUAUUCAGAAUAAUGAACACAUCUACAUGGAGCUGGCUCAGAAACUGUCCAAAUACUGUCCCAAGGAAUGGAAGAGAGAAGCCAGCAAGGGUAUCGACCAGUUUGGUCCUCCGAUGAUCAUUCACUUCAGAGCUCAGUAUUACGUGGAGAACGGGAGAUUGAUCAGUGACCGGGCAGCCAGGUACUACUACUACUGGCACCUGAGGAAACAGGUGCUGCUCUCUCAGUGUAUCCAACGGGAGGAGGCCUACUUCCUGCUGGCGGCCUUCGCCCUGCAGGCCGACCUCGGCAACUUCAAACGCAACAAGCACUUUGGGAAAUACUUUGAACCUGAAGCCUACUUCCCCCCGUGGGUGAUAGCCAAGCGCGGCCGUGAGUACAUCCUGAGACACAUCCCCAACAUGCACAAAGACCAGUUUGCUCUCACGGCUUCAGAGGCGCACCUCAAAUACAUCAAGGAGUGUGCUCAGCUUGAUGACGUCACUGUCCACUACUACAGACUCUACAAGGACAAGAAAGAAGUGGAGGCAUCGCUUACAUUGGGACUGACUUUACGUGGCAUUCAAAUAUUCCAGAACGUCGGCACUGUGAGGCAACUGUUGUACGACUUCCCCUGGACCAACGUGGGAAAACUGGUAUUUGUGGGGAAGAAGUUUGAGAUCCUUCCUGACGGCCUCCCCUCGGCCAGGAAACUCAUCUACUACACCGGUUGUCCAGCGCGCUCUCGCCACCUCCUGCAGCUGCUCAGCAACAGCCACCGGCUCUACAUGAACCUGCAACCUGUUCUCAAACAAGUUCGGCGACUGGAGGAGAACGAAGAGAAGAAGCAGUACAGGGAGUCGUACAUCAGCGACGCUCUCGAGCUGGACAUGGACCACCUGGACAAACGCUCCCGGGCCAGCGGCAGCAGCGCGGGGAGCAUGUCCCAUCACAAACGCCUGUCUCGCCACUCCACAACCAGCCACGGGAGCUCGCACACCUCCGGCAUUGGGACGGACAGCUUCAGGGCCCCGGGCCAGGCCCCACACAGGCCCCUGCGGACCUGCAGCUCGUCCACAACCAGCCACGGGAGCUCACACACCUCCGGCAUCGAGAGCAGCGGCAAGGAGCGCAUACUGGAUGAUGACGAGAUCGAGAUGCUGGUGGACGACCCCAAAGAUUAUGAGGAGCUACAUGAGAUGGCUCUGGACCAGGAGCUGUGCAUCCACAUCACAGAGGACAUGUUGACGAUGUCUCCUGAUCAGACCAACGGAUACUCAGGCCUGAUCGUGAAAGAUGUCAGCUCCUCCACCUCCAGUUCCUCCGAGACCGUCGUCAAGAUGCGAGGACAGAGCAUCGAGUCUCUGCCGCAGACAUCUGCAUGCAAGAAGCCCGACUCUUCGACCGACCGCCACAGCCAGUCCCUGGAUGACGUCCGGCUCUACCAGAAGGACUGCCUGCAGUGGGCGGAGCUCUGCCAGGACACCGCCCACAGCUACACGUUCGGCUGCGCCCAGGAGCUGAGCGACAGCAGCGGCUACCAGGGUCUGGCCGAUCAGCGCGCCGGCAUGCUCGCCGACCAGCACCCGUUCCCCAUCAAGAGAACCAACAAGUACUUCUCCCUGGACCUGACCAGCGAAGAGGUCCCGGAGUUUGUGGUGUGACGGAGACGAGGCGACCUCAGGGUGGCCUUUUCGCUCCUCCGUGUCACAUGUGGAGAUAUUUCAGCCCUCAGGGAACGAGGCGAGAGAGGAGUGUCGGAGAGGUGGUUUCUAUUCUUGGCAAGAAACGGAAGAGAUGAGUAAACUGGCAACAAGUCGGCUGCAUCUUCAGUCACCACGUCACACGUGUUACACAAGAUAAAUUAACAAAUAUGGAGGAUUAUGACUGAAACGGUCAUUUUAAGAACGAACACUGGGCUCAAGAGAACCUGUGUCUUCAAAACCGGCUCCUCCUGUGUGAAAGGAAACAAAAGGGAUCGUGGCAUCUUCUUAAAAAAACAAUUUUAUUCAAAUCUGUCUCCUCCAAACUUGUUUUAAAACAACGUGUGCAUGCAGGUAGAGCCACAGCAGACACACAAAUACGAUGAGCAUAUCGAGGAUUUCUGUGGAGGACAGAAAAUCUCUCUGAGCUACGAACCAAAGACAAGAAAUGAUGCGUUCCUGCAUCCGCGUCAUUCUCACAGUGUGACGCAAACAUUUCAGAGGGAAGAUGGACCCAUAAUCCUUUUACUCUUCCUCUAUGCCACUUCAUUUUACCUCAGCAGGAAGUGCGGUGUGCCAACGCUCCCCCGUCUCCUCUCAGACUGGAUCCUUAAUCAUGUGAAGACACACUCGACGUGCCUUCAUCACACUAUGCAGGUGUCAAAACCCUCGCCUUGACAAUCACCCCCUUACCCCCUCGUCAUUUUUAAACAUCCAAGCCAUCAGAUUUCAAAGCUCUACUUUAAAUCAACACAUCGUGCACGCGCCUCGUCGGCAGAUCAGGCUCGUUUUUCAGCAUCUUAGAUCACAAAAAGGUCAAAACUGUUUAUUGUCCUGUGAAAUCCGAUCGAGUUUCCUGGGAGGAAUGAGGUCGAGUUCGCUCCUGCGUGUCCAGACUCGAGUCGAGUUUGCGGCCUCAGAAGCUUACCUGUAAUCCAGACUCAAGAUGGAGCCCGGGCUGGUCGCCAGCCAAAACAAAACAGUUUUGGAUGCAUGCGUUAUUUGUCUUUCUUUGAGUCCUUGUUAUUUUUUGUUUCGUCUCAUCGUUUUAAACUGGAAUUUGUUACAUUGUUUCCUGUUGUUUUACCUGAAAUCUCUUUACAUGUUGUGUUUUUUGUAAAAAAAAAUCGUCCAGACUGUCAUACAGUAUUACAUUCAAAUCUAUGCGACAGUAUUAAGAGGUUUGUGGCUCCGAACAAGAAAUUCUGGUUUCAUUAAUGAGAUGUGAGCGAACUGUAGCCUGCGGUAGCUGACAGGUCGUGUUACACGCUCUUAUUACGCGUAAAUAACAUCUCAACGUUUCAGUCCGCUGGUGUGAGUGAGGACGGGAGGUUGUUUUUGUUUUUUCUCGUAAGUCAUGCAGCUCAAACUCAAAGUGCCGCAGUUAUAGCUUUAAAAAUACAGCCAUAAUGUUUUUAUUUUAAAGUUCUCUGGGGUGAAAACACUAAAGAUUUAUUUAAAAUGCACCGUAACCUUUUAUCACGACAACAGAAAAAACGCUCUGUUUUAAAAUGAACUUUUAAAACAAGUGUCACCAUUGUGUUGCUUUAAAUUAUUUAAAAACAAUAAUUGGAAAAAAAGACCAGAUUCUGCUGAAUGAAAGUUGUGGUUUUAAAGUUUUCUUUCUAAGCAGAGAAUUUCAAACACUUCAUAAACAACAUCACUGUGUUUACACAAAGCAUAAGAAAUAUAUCAAUAUAUAUUUUACUUUUGCUAUAUUGCCAUUGAUUUAAAAAAAAUACUGUACAACCUCGUUAGACAGAGCCAGGCUAGUUGUUUCCCUCUAUUUCCAGUCUUUAUGCUAAGCUAAGCUAAGCAACUAUGUGCUUGUGGUACAGUAGCUUCAUAUUUACUGUAGAGACACGAGAGUGGGUUCAAUCCUGUUCUCCAACUCCCGGCAAGAAAGUGAAGAGUGUAUUUCAUGAAAUGGCAAAACUAUAUGUUCAGUGUUCACUCUGCCACAUGUCGUAGGCAGAGGAAAUCCAGCAAACAACAAACAUCAGAGCUGAUAAAUGUUCAGUCGAGCCUCAGCUCCUUAAAUUCCUGUUGCUAAGCUGAACUGUGACGUGUGCAUUCGUAGCUGCAAGUUUCCAAAGUCAUAUUUAAUUUUUCCCCGAGUCAGCAAAUACAGCAUCCGAACAAGUUUUUUUUGUUUUGUUGAAAAAGACGUCUCUGUUUGACAUAACUCAUGAAUUUGAUACUGCUAUGUAAUUAAAAACAACUAUAUUUCUUACAGUUUGUUUCUUUCACUGUUUUGUGAACUUAUACGUAUUUCUACUCAUUAAUGGAAAAUGUCUUAAGUCAUAUUUUGAUGGACAAUGAUGUUUCUUAUAUUCAAACAGUGUGUGUGUUGAGGUACAUAGCCAUACAGUCAUAACCCACCACCUUAAAGUCUUCAUGAUCUCUUCUGACUUCUCUCUCUGACUUCGAUAUAUGGUCCAAGAGGCCGUAUGUGUGUGUCCAUCAUCCUUUCUGUGAAAGGAUCUCCCUUCAGGAAAAAUGAUUUUUUUUUUUUUGUCACCUUGUAGUUUGAAAGAAAAAAAAAGAUUUGUUAUUAUGAAGUCUGGUCCGUGCCUUCCUGGUACUAACGCCCUCAAUAUCCAAUAAAAAGGUACAUUUAUCUACCAAA